AUGCCUCCCAGUAUAUUUGCAAGGCAUAGCUCAGAGAUUGACUGGUGUGAAGCAAACUACUUGCAAUCGGAAUAUGUGGCAGAAUACUACAAUACGGUCACUAAUAUUGCCUUCCUCCUGGUUGGUCCCCUCAUGAUGUACCUUUUACACCCAUAUGCCUGCAAAAGAAGCCUGAUGGUUCAUCUGGUCUGGAUCAUGUUCAUCGUGAUAGGCCUCUUCUCCAUGUAUUACCACAUGACCCUGAGUUUCUUUGGCCAGUUACUGGAUGAGGUCUCCAUUUUGUGGGUUAUUUGCCUUGGCUAUUCUCUCUGGCUUCCCCAGCCCUACUUCCCAAGAUUCAUCAGGGGCAGGAGUCAAUUUGGAGCUCUCAUCUUUAUUGUGGCCUUCCUCAGCACACUGAUGUCAUUUGUGAAGCCUACAGUUAACGCCUAUGUCUUAAACAGUAUAACUUUCCAUAUACUGUACCUACUGGUGAAGGAAAUAAGAAAGUGCACAGAUCGGGAUAUUAUCAGUUUGACCCGUGUUUCCUUUUGCUUGUGGCUUGUGGCCAUUUCCUGCUGGCUCAGCGAUCGACUCUUUUGUAACUUUUGGAAAAGUCUAAACUUCUGCUAUCUACACAGCUUCUGGCACAUCUUCAUUUGUCUUACUGUCGCACACAUUAACAUCGUUUUUGCCUUUUUUGACGCACAGUAUGAGAUGCCAGAGUGCACACUACAUGUUCAGUAUUGGCCAUGCAAGUCAACCCGAGUUGGUCUUCCAUACUUAGCUGUCACCAAUGCCACUGUGCCUAAAAAACACUGCUAGUUCAUAGCAUUUAACAUAGUUCUCCAGAAUGUAUUCCAACUGCUACUUUGGAGGACAGGUUCAUGUUUACAACAACACUAAAGUAGUCUUGUUCAGAAUACCCCACCUUGUGUUCUUGCUGCUGUGGUAAACCUUUUAGUUCCCUGGAUUGGCUCAUAUUCUGCCCUCUGUGGACAGAGGUGCUUUAUUGUUUUGGUUCUCCGGAAUACUUUGAUUUUAUCCCUGGUCUGACACACUAAUGCAAUAUACUUGGACCAUGGAAUUGAGCUACGAUAUCUGAGACACAGGCAAUUUAUCAAUGAUCAAUAUUGGAACCAAAUCUAUGUGACUGGCAGCAAGGAUUAUUUAAUGUAGCCAUUAUUUCAGAAAAUGUCUACACACAGACAGCAAAAACAGUUACAUUAUUUCUACAAAAAUGCUGCUUAAACGCAAACAUGAAAGAACAUUUUGUUCUUUUUCACAAUUAUGCUUUUAAAAAGAGUGUUUUUU